AUGGCCCGCCAAUCAUUACCGAACGAGCUCCUCGAAGCUAUUCUCACGCAAGUGGACAUGCAAACCAUCCUCCUCGCCCAACGGGUCAGCCGCCAAUGGGCCAAAUGCAUCCAAGGAUCUUCAAAAAUCCAGCAAAUUCUAUUCUUCCAACCAGCACCGACAAGUACCCCACGCCAACAGAACCCCCUCUUGGCAUCGAAAUUUCCAUACUGGUUUCCCGCAGAUGGCGGCAAUUCAUGCGCCACUGCCUUUGGUGCUGGCGAUAUGCAAGAUUUCCUGGAAAGCAGCGACACAUAUCGACGACCGGAGGCGAGUUGGCGCCGAAUGCUUGUCCAGCAACCGCCCAUCAUGGCGGUUGGAUGGGUGGAGCGCAGCAUCGCAGUAUCAAACAUGACAGACGUGCACCGCUGGGAGAUUCCCCUCCAAGCAUUCGGCGGACUGCGAAUGAACAUGCUCUACGACCUCGUCAUCCAUACUUCAGAGGUUGCGUCGGAAUACUUUUAUUUCAGAAUAUUAUGGUCACAAUACGAGACCUUUGCAUCUCCGUUUGCUUCGUUUCGUUCAUAUCCAGAUCCUUCGUUCUGUGGGCGUAGGAUCGAAGGGCCACUCAGGAAUGCAAUACAGAGUGCGGAUGUGGUUCUUGACAUGUGGCAUACAAGUCAGAUGCCGGUUCAUAUUCGGGAAGAGUGGUGGAGAGAUGUGUGGACAUGGGAGCUUGUGCGAGGAUUUCAGGCGGCUAUGGGUGAUUUGGAUGGUGAUGUUGUGCGGGACAUGAGAGAGUUGAAGGAGGUCAAUAGCUGGUCUUUAGCGGAUGAGGUAGCUGACUGGAGAGCGGAAGAGACUCAUGGCUGUCCCCACGGUAUUGAGUUGCCUGGUUGGGAUCCACCGGACCUAUGA